CAAGCGCAAUCAUCAAAGUCGAGCGAUGGCGACUUCCGAACACAAGCCGAUAAGAGGAAUUCUAAAGAAUUCCACGAGUUUUGACAAAACUGAACACAGUGGAAAAAAAGAAAUGACAUGGGAUGAAAUGAAUAUAGUGGCCACCCAUCAUCCUGCUGAUAAAGACUAUGGACACAUGAAAAUUACUGAUCCUCCAACGCCUUAUAGCAAAUAUGAAGAACCAGAGGAUGACGAGCUAUUAGAACACCAAGACAGUGUGGAUCCUAUAAGUGAGGAUGAAACGGAUGCAUUAGAUGCAAAUAAAUUAGCAAAAAGAUUAGAGCAUAAUUCAAAACCAAAAUUUAUGAAGAAAGCAGCAGAAGAAGAUGAUGAUGAAGAUGAUCUAGAUGAUCUAUCAGAAUCAGGGAAAGAAAAAAGAAAACAAUUUGAACAGAAGAGAAAAUUACACUACAAUGAAUUUUAUGCUGUUAAGCUAGCGAAGCAGUUAAUGGAGGAGGAGGAUGAGGAGGAAGAGGAUGAUGAAGAAGAAGAGAAGAAAAAUGGACAAUGACAAUCUCUGAAGGAGUAGACUGACAGUGACAGUUAUCUUCUGUAUUACUUUUAACAGUUGGCGGACCCCAGUUCAUACUGCUGUUCAUGAAUUCCGGCCAGAACAUCAGGAAGAAAGAGCCAUUGAGUUCUUACCAUCAAAACAACACAAAAAAGUUUAAAAUGCCCUGGGCUUUAAAAGGAAAUUGCAUUCUUCUAAGAUAAAAUGGCCAUUCCCAAAGUAGGAAGGACUUAAAGAAGGGCAGUGAAUGGUGCUGGAUCUUCCACAAUAGUGCAGUUGAUAAGAGUUAUUUUAAUGGCAAAGUCAGCUGUAGAGCAUUGAUAGUCUGAUGGAAAGUGAUUGUUCAGUGUUGCUUAAUUUAUCUUGCAAAUGUUGUAUUUCGAUCAAUUUUUUUCUUCUCUUUUAGAUUCCCAUUUGUGUAAGCAGGGUGUUGUGACUGUAGAUCCAGGUUAGACCCUUUCCUCUUCUACAUUUUCAUGUGUACUCAGCAUGCUUCUAAUAAAUGCUUACUGAGAUCCUAUUAUUAUUGAAAAAGCAGCUAGUCUAGAGUUCAGUCAGCUGUUGAUGUUGAAUGGAAAAGCAAAAGCCAAUUUUCCUUUGAGAUCCAUCAUGUUUUUUUUCUUUAAUAUCAUCAAGCAUUGUAAGUGACAGAGAAGAGGGUUCAAGCAAAAUUGACAGCUCCACAGUAAGCUUAAUGUAUUGGUUUGGUUUUGGUCUGGAUCAAACACCCAUAAAGAAAGAGGGUAGAAAAAAAAAGAAAUUGGAAAUCAUGUGGUUGCAACCAAACUUUUUUAGAGUAAGCAGUCAUGGAGAUAGUGAAUGGUGGUUGAAUCUGAAGACUAUUUUAAUGUAUAUGAUGCAUGCUGUUGCCAUUGUUUUGUGUGUGGGCUCUUAAAGAGGGUGACUUAUACGUUUCAAAUGUCAUGUUCUGGUAUUAGCAGAACUUCUGCUCUUUACACCUGCUGUUACCUGUAGAACUGCCAUACUUGUACAUCUGUAUGCAUUCCCUUGGUCACUGGCCUGGGUUAACAGUUACAACUGAAGUGUGCAGUUCAUAGUGAUUUUCCUGUAGAUUGUUACCACAGUAGAGGCAUAAUAGCAGUCAUAAAUGCAUCUCUAUGUAUGCACCUUGCAUGAUGAAGGCAUACAUAUAAAUGCAUCUCCUUUGUAGCUUCUGGUACUGACAAAAUGAUAUAUCUGUACAAAUAUGGGAGCUUACAAGUCGAUUAUCAGGUUAUCUUAGAUGACUGAAAGAAACUUUCAGCUGUGUUGGACAAACAGUGGAGUUAAGCUAGACUAUUCUAUAGGACGUCACAUUAAUAUACCAGCAGAAAUAUAUUAAAAGCUUGGAGUUUGUCUAUGUUAUUGAUUGGCUUUGUCCUUUGCUGCUGGUUAUUUCAUUGGCCUGCUAUGGUUUUUGCAUAUUGACUCAUGCAAGAUAUUAUGUAUUAUGAUUGCCUAUGUGUUGUUAACGCUAAGAGAGAAACUAGUUCACUAUUUGCCAAAAGGAAUUUGCUUUUUAAUUUUCUGUUUUUUCUGUGUGUUAUGGAAGACUGGCAUUUCUUUACUUGGCAACCAUUCCCUGCAUAUCCUUUCUCAGUUUUAGCCAUUUAAGUAUUAUACUUGGCAAAGCGCUUGCCUUGUGUUUGCUGUAAAAUGUCUUAUUUAUUUGAGUACACUAUGCCGAAUGUCACCUGUGCAGUCAAGAAGACUGUAACCUGUUGAUAAAAAGACCCCUAUCUGAUUACUGCAGUCAGGUGUUUCCUGUGGGGUAAAAACCGUGGUUGUUUGUUUGGUCUUUGGGUCUUUUAUCCUAGACAUGUAUGAGAGAAAAGUUUUCAUCAGUGUGAUUUUUUUUUUCCUGUUGGAAGAAAGCAAGUAUUCUUAUGCAAUCCCGUUUCAUUAAAAAAAAAAAAACAAAGGGGAAUGUGCUGCCAUAUUUUUUCCCCUGCAUUUGUCAAAAGAAGAUAUCUUUGGAAAAGUCUGCUUAUAAGAAAAGAAAAAAAAUGAACUAUUGAUUUGAAUCUGUGAAUGUUCAAAAAGCAUGUCUUCUAAAAGAAGAAUGUUCUGGUGCAAUAAUUUUUGUGGGGUUUGAAUUCUAUCGUAAUACCAGUAAAUUUACUGAAUCGUUGACAAGUUCCGAAACUGUUAAGGACAUUAAUUAGUUCAGUAUUGCUAUAGCAUUCAUAAAUUAUAUCUGCAGUGCAGAUUUGUUGCAGUAGUAUAGAUUUUCCUUUGCCCCUUUGCCGAACAAUUGGAUGUGUGUCACUGAAGCCAAAACAAGUAGUUUUUAUCAUUACAUGGGUUGUUUACAUUAAGGACAAAACUUAAUUGUGUAUAAAUAACGUUGCUUAGAUACCAAAUGUAUAUGGAGCACUAACUUUACUUACUACAAUAUUGAUUUUUUUUACCCUUCAUUAUGGUUAGGAAAAUGUUAUCUAUUAAAUAAUCCAUGACUAUCAAUUUGGUUGUAAUGAUGGUCAGAGUUGCUGAGGGGGGACUGAAAGUAUGUUAUUACAAUAUUGAGAGUUGAGGUACAGUUUACAUGUAUCAUGAAAAUGGAUGUGGUAGAGGAACUUAACACCAUGGUGCAGAUUUAUAGAUUGGAAGUAUUAAGACUAUACUAAUUGGCUUUUGUUAAAUUUUCCUAUCUGACACAAUCAGAAUUCUCUCUUUUUUACCUUUAUGACGUCUCAGAUUGUUAUUUAAGUAAUUUACUUCUGAGCAUGUUCAUUUAUUUCUUUUGUUUAAUCUGUAUAAUGCUGUUACUACAGGCUAUCUAAAACAGUGAAAGAAAAUAAAUAGUAAAUAUGGUUGUGAUAAA